AUGGGGUGUGGAGCUAGUUCUGAGGCGGCUGCCGGUGCCACUGCUCCACCUGGAGCCCUGGAACAGCCCGUUCUGCGAGAACCAGUCGUAACAGGUGCUGAAGCAGUGGAUCACUCCGGAGGCCAAGAGCGCGCGUCGGCAUCUAUCGAGCCAGUUGAAGAAGUCGAGUAUCAGUAUGUCCCCAUACCCAAGUACGUAGACAAGGCCGUCCUCGAGUUCUUCAAGGGCAACAGUCAUGCCGCCGUGGGCAACCUGCAAGAAGCAAUCAGUUGCUUCGAUGCGGCCAUUAGAGAGAAGCCAGACUACUCGACGGCGUUCCAUCAGCGGGGGCUGGCCUUCUUCCAGCUUCUCCGCUACGAACAGGCGCUGAAAGACUUCGAUCGGGCCAUCGAGCUGAACCCCUCAUACGGGCGAGCUUACAACAGCCGCGCAGCCGUCCACGUGGAAAUGAAAGCGUACUCCAAAGCCGUUGAGGACGCGACGGUGGGGAUCAGCCUGAGCCCCAAAGACCCGGAGGGAUUUCUUGCUCGGGCCGAGGCGAACUCUGAGUUGGGCGACCUUGAAAAAGCUGACGCGGAUCGGGAGGCAGCCAGCCAGCUGGAGGGAAACAGCCUUUGCAACGUGUGCCUAACGGAGCCCCGAGGGACCCGGUUGCACCCGUGCCUGCACUCGUGCAUGUGUGCGAACUGCGCGCGCACGUUGGAGGAGAAGGGCUUCCCGUGCCCGAUCUGCCAGGAGCCCAUCGCCCACAUCGAGUACGGCGUCUUCGACCAAACGUUUGCCUUCUCCACGCUGUAUUCAAAAACGGCCAAGAACCCGAUAAAGUCGCUGAUAGGGCAAAUGAGUGGGCUGCCGGAAGAGGAGACGAUACAGGAAGGGGACGAGGAAGAUCCUGAAGACCAUACAAAUCAUGAAGCAGAGCAAAUUUCUUGA